UUCAUUGUUCGCGCGGAGCGGCGCAGCGGAUGAAACGCGCUAUUCUGAUGCUAAUCGCCGGACGCCCCUCGCGCACACGUGGGGGGGAUGCUAAAGGAGCUGAGCGCGCGGCGCGAGCGUUCACAAGCAGAACUUCAGCUCAGGAGGAGCGCGCGCUCGCACGCAGGUUCCGGAGGGUCCUCGCGCUCCCCCACAGUCCGGUCCGGGUGGUCUGAGGAGGGUCUGGACAUGUGGAGAUCCGCAGCGCUCCGCUGAAUGUCCUCGCGCUAGCCGGGUGAGAUUUCAGACUGAGGGGCUCGGUUCUCUCUCUACAGCGGAGUUUCGCUAAAAUGCCCGAGUUUGGAGUGAGGGUCCUCGUGCUCGCGCUGCUGUGUGUUCAGCCCGCCCGCUCGUCCUCGUGCCCCCCCGGCUGCGAGUGCUCGGAAGCGGCUCAGACCGUCAAGUGUGUGUCCAAGGAGCUCCGGAGCGUCCCGGCCGGAAUCCCCGCCUACACUCGGAACCUGUUCAUCACCGGCAACCGGAUCAGCAGGAUCGGUCCAGAGAGCUUCAGGGGUCUGGACAAUGUGACCACACUGUCUCUCAGCAAUAACAGAAUAUCUGAGGUGGAGUCCCACACCUUUUCUAGCCUGCGCAGCCUCCGAUCCCUGGAUCUUAGUAGCAAUCAGCUGGCGUUGAUCCAUCCCGAGGCUUUCACAGUACAGAGUCGUAUGCUAAAGGAGCUGAACCUAAGCAGGGCACUGUACAACCACUCCGCUGUCACGGACCUGGCCACCUCUUUUCGGUGGAGUGGACUUGAAGGGCUGCAUGGGCUGGACCUGUCCAGCAACGGAUUGGUCUACCUACCACCUCAAAUCUUCUUCCACCUAGGCAACCUGCGGCGCCUUCAGCUGGCCAACAACUCCAUUGUGUCUAUUUACAACGAGACAUUCUCUGGCCUGGGGCAGCUGGAGGAGCUGGACCUUAGCCUGAAUGCCCUAAAAACCUUUAGGGAAGAGGGUUUGAUGGAGCUGGAGCACCUGCCUGGGGCAAAACUGCACCUCAGGCAGAACCCGUACACUUGCACUUGCGGGAUUGAGCCCUUUGCUAUAUGGCUGAACGCCUCACGGGAGAGGGUAGUAGAUGCAGAGCGACUGGUGUGCGUGUACCCUGUGGAACUGAGCAACACCUCUCUGCUGAUAGCAGGCGAGAUGGUUUUGGGAUGCCAUCGGGCAGGAGAUGGUGACAACCUGGCCCUGCAGACAUCUUAUGUCUUUCUAGGCAUAGUGCUGGGCUUUGUGGGACUAAUGUUCCUCUUUGUGCUCUAUCUGAACCGCAAGGGCAUCAAGAAGCGCAUCUACGACAUGCGGGAUGCCUGCAGGGAGGUAUGGGAGGGGUAUCAUUACAGAUAUGAAAUUGACUCAGACCCUAGAUUGUCGCAGGUCUCCACCAGUGCAGAUGUGUGACAUGGACUUUUUUGGACAUUUGGACAUGCUAUUUUGACUCCAAGCUCUUCUAAACAUCAUUCCUUUUCUAGCACAUUUAUACCUUUAAGGAACUCUUGAAAGUUUAAAAGUCUGUAUGUCUGUAUGUGUAUAUAAAUAUAAACAUAUUGCUAUGAAAGUAGGCAGAUUGGCUCUACCUACUCUAAGAAAAGCAUGCACAGCCUUUUUAUGUGUUCAGGAGGAGCCAUUUACAACAACUCAUGCUUCAUUAUGUUCCUCACCUCUUCCCGCACCAUUUAGAACGCUGUCUCACCGUGACCAGGGCGAGCUAGUGGAUUACCCCAUUAAAAAACAAAAUGCACAUUUCCACUUCUUUCAACUGUCCAUUACUGCCAUGUUCUUCGCAGUCUGCUCAGUCAGAGUGCAGCUAAGUGCCUUGGUCUAACAUGGGUCAUAGACACCCUGACCAUAAUUCCUUUACGUCAAGAUCUAAGAAGAGACAUUUGCAGCCUUGUGGAGAGUGGAGUAAGUGUUGAACAAACACAUUGAUUUCGACAACUUCCACGGCUCUUCUAAUGCAUGCGGUCGUUGCAUGUUCUUUCAAGGCACAUUGAGUCACAGAACUGGUCCAUCGUCAGCAAGCCCCCCGAGCUCCCCAGUCCCUCUACCCACAGGGAGCCUGUGAAGGAAUGCAGCCGCCUUUUUCUCUAAAGCAUUCCAAAGUGAGGAUCACCGCUUCUAAAGAAAAACGUGUUCUCUUUGUGCCAGAUAAACAGAGAGAGCGGGAGAGAAAUGAAAAGGAGGAUCUUUCAGGGAAAAGGAGCCAGCUGCGGAAAUCUCUGGUCCUCUUCUGUUCCUCUCUCGUCUUUUUUCUCCCCUUUCCUUCGGAAGAAACUUUUUGCUUUGUUUUUAUUCCUCUCAUUUUUAUUGUCAGGAUGAUGAGAACCAGCCCUGGAUGAGGGUUUGCUGAAGACAGCAGUAGGCCUGCUGGCCCUUUGAAGGCACAGCCUGGCUCAGCUCCUAGUGAGCUUGGCAGCUUUUUCUGUUUAAGGGACUUUGCGGUGAUAAGAUACAGAUGAAAACUGGAGGGGCUGCCUUACUUAAGGGACCCCCCCUUCCCCCCUUUUUUUGUAAGUAAAUGCAUGAGACUUCAGAUCCUUCAAAUAUGUACCUGAUGUUCUACAGAGCCAAUAGCAUGGGCUUUGGAUGUCAUGGUUUCAUAUGUUUUACAAAACUAAAGCCUGUGAAUUAUGAAUGUGUUUCAAAUUUUUUUUUACAUUGAAAUAAUUGUCCUAAAGCACUGCCUGUGCACAUAGUAGCAGGUUAGGAUUUGCCCUGAACUCAAUCAAAAUGUUCAUUAAAAAUUACAUUUUUUUUAGAUUCUGUGUAUGUUCAGGAAUCUGACACAAGCUUGUUUUUCUAAAAAAAAAAAUUAAAGCACAAACAUUAUUGUAAGAUGUUUGUAAGAAUCACUUUGAAA